AAGUCGAACGUCCGUAAUAAACAAAAAUCCCCCACCCCCACAUACCGGUCUGCGUGUUUUGAAAGUUAAAAAAAAAAUGAAAAUGUGAUCUUUGUUCUUCUCCUUUUCGAAAACAUCUUCAGGUUGGCAGAUCCUCAGUUUAACGCUGGACCCCUCCCUACCUUGCCGCUCCGAAAUCGUUCCUCUCUAGCUGACUCUACCUUUUUUCCUCAAGCGAUCUAUUAGAUUUCAGUACUCGAAUUUGAGUUCAGUUUUUCCUGGAAAGAUGGCGUUCGUGACGAGUAAAGUGCGCUUGCAUUUGCUUUGUGCAUCGGUAGAGCUUCUAAUAAGCUUACUACUUUCUUCAAUGACCGUUGCCACUUGUCUUGGCGACGGCAAGCAGCAAUGGGAUUCCAAAAGUGUUUGGGACUCGACGACCCCAACCUCCUUGGCUGCGGAAAUGAAUGUCACUCGACAAAUAUUAGUCAGCCCAAGGAAACCUCAACAUUUGGAUGAAAUGGUGACCGCCCGUCGGCAAAUCGAUGGACCUAACGACGGCAUCGCAACGGAGAAACAACCGAAUUUGAAUUUUGCAUCGAGGAAAAUGAUCGGCUUGGCGAAUUUGACCAGUAAUGCUUCACUGAUGGAAUCCAAUAAAAAACCAAUCGCUUUGCCAAACAUGAUGCUAGGAACAGAUCCAUCGAAAAAGUCUCAUAUCAUUUUUAGCGCCUACACCGAGCAUCCGACUCCGAAGAAUUCGAGCGUCACCUACACCAAGACGAAUGCAACCGAUGGCAAUCCGGUGGAUGCGCCCAGCGGAGUGUACACGGCUCUAAAGCCAGGCCUGUACGGUUUCAUCUUUCAUGCAUUGACCAACGAUUUGAACCAUGUUUUACCCACCGUCGAGUUGCGAGUCAACGGCGUCGCUGCAGCCACAGCCGCUGCUUUUAACGGCGGCACUUAUAAGGCUCUCACACUGAUCGCUGGCGCUAGACUGAACCGAGGCGAUCACGUCUCCGUCUUCGUCGUUGACGGUCCGCUCUUUCAUAUUAAAAAAGGCAGCAAACACCGAGCUUCAUUCGCGGGAACACUCAUGAUCUAAUUUGAA